AUGACAGCCAUUUCACAUCAACGCGGUAUUAGAAUUGCCAUCGACAGAGGCGGCACCUUUACCGACUGCGUAGGAGAAAGCAACGGAAAAGAAAUCAUCAUCAAGCUUCUAUCCGAGGAUCCGGCCAACUACAAAGAUGCCCCGCUUGAAGGUAUUCGUCGUAUCAUGAGCCACUUCCUCGGCCGAGAUAUUCCUCGUGGUGAAGCUCUGGAUACUUCUCAGAUUGACUCAAUCAGAAUGGGAACAACUGUCGCCACAAAUGCCUUGCUUGAAAGAAAGGGAGAGAAAAUUGCCAUGGUUGUUACCAAAGGCUUCAAGGACUGCUUGACCAUCGGAAACCAGUCGAGGCCAAAGAUUUUUGACCUUGCAAUUCGAAAGCCCGAUGUGCUAUACGAGAAGAUUGUCGAAAUUGAUGAACGAGUUACACUUGAAGACUAUGCCGAAGACCCCGAAAGGACGCAAACUGAGGCCGAGGCUCAGGCUGGCACCAAAGAAGCCGAAGGCAAGACUCUGGUUCGCGGUUUGUCGGGUGAGACAGUGAGGAUCCUCAAAAGAGCCGAGGAGGAGGACAUCCGGUCAAAGCUUGAAGAUGUUUAUGGUCAAGGCAUUCGCAGCAUCGCAGUUUGUCUGAUGCACGGCUACACCUACCCUGAUCACGAGGCUUUGAUUGGCCGCAUAGCCAAGGACAUUGGCUUUCAACAUAUUUCACUUAGCCACGAACUUAUGCCCAUGAUCAAGUUGGUCUCACGAGCUACAUCUGUGUGUGCGGAUGCGUAUCUCACACCGGCUAUUCGCAAGUACAUCGAUGGUUUCCAGGCUGGGUUUGAAGGUGGCCUUGGAAGCCGCAGUGUGAAGGAGGAAAAGGGCGCCAGGGGAGCGAGGUGUGAAUUUAUGCAGAGUGAUGGUGGUCUAGUUGACGUGGAGAAGUUCACUGGUCUGAAAGCAAUCUUGUCCGGUCCCGCAGGCGGUGUCGUAGGAUAUGCGAUAACCUCUUACGACGAGGAAACUAAAACUCCAGUUAUCGGAUUUGAUAUGGGUGGAACUAGCACCGACGUUUCCAGAUACGGCGAGGGAAGAUACGAGCAUGUUUUUGAAACGACAACUGCUGGUGUUACCAUUCAAUCCCCACAACUAGAUAUCAACACCGUGGCAGCAGGAGGUGGCUCUCGCCUCUUUUUCAGAAAUGGACUAUUUGUCGUCGGACCUGAAUCCGCAGGUGCUCAUCCAGGGCCUGCGUGUUACCGCAAGGGAGGGCCGGCCACAGUCACCGACGCCAAUCUAGUUCUCGGACGCCUGCUUCCUGAAUUCUUCCCCAAGAUCUUUGGAGAGAACGAGGACCAAGGAUUGGAUAUCGAGGCUAGUAAAAAGGUCCUACAGGAGCUGGCGGACCAAGUGAACCUCGAGAAUGAUAAGAAGCUCUCGGUCGAUGAAGUGGCAUAUGGCUUUCUGACCGUUGCCAAUGAGACAAUGACUCGGCCUAUUCGUUCUAUCACCGAAGCCAAGGGCCACGACUCCUCAAAGCAUCGACUUGCAACAUUUGGAGGUGCAGGUGGCCAGCACGCUGUUGCUAUUGCAGAGUCCCUUGGUGUGCAACAGAUUUUGGUUCAUCGAUACUCGUCAGUCCUUUCGGCCUACGGAAUGGCCCUUGCGGAUGUUGUUGACGAGCGACAAGAGCCUGAUUCUUUGGUAUGGAAGGGCGAUGAUCAAACAGUCAACGAGCUGAAGAAGAAGAUGGAGAAACUUAAGGGCCAAUCACGAAACUCUCUCAAGGACCAAGGAUUCCAAGAAGAAGAAAUCGUCUUCGAGGAGUAUCUCAACAUGAGAUAUCGUGGCACGGAAUCAGCUCUCAUGAUUGUUAGACCAACCCCUGAGGAAGCCAAAGAGCAUUUUGCCGGCAAGGAUUGGGAUUUCGGCCAAGCAUUUGUGAAGCAGCAUCGCUAUGAAUUUGGCUUCACCUUGGACGAACGAGAUAUCAUCAUUGAUGACGUUCGUGUUCGCGGUAUUGGCAAGAGUUUCCGACACAAAGAUGACACAGUUGACAAGCAGCUCAAGGAUCUGAAGCAACAGAAGGUUUCCGACCAGAAGAAGCUUAACAGUCAACAAGUAUACUUUGAGGGUGGCAGGAAGGAAACACCCAUCUAUAAGCUUGAGGACCUCGAGGUCGGUAACUCCAUCUCUGGACCGGCUAUGCUUGCGGAUGGAACACAGACGAUUGUUGUAACACCCAAAGCAACAGCUAUCAUUCUUAAGACACACGUGGUAAUAAACUUGGAAAAGGAGGGAUCAAAGGCUGAGUCUGCUAAGGCAUCCGCAGAUCGCAAAGUUGAUCCCAUCAUGCUCAGCAUUUUCGGUCAUCGGUUCAUGGCUAUUGCUGAACAAAUGGGCCGUGCUCUACAAAAGACCAGUGUCAGCACGAAUGUCAAGGAAAGACUUGACUUUUCAUGUGCUAUUUUCGACGCUACAGGAGGUCUCGUGGCUAAUGCUCCUCAUCUUCCUGUCCAUCUUGGUUCAAUGUCAACUUGUGUGAGACGCCAGGCUGAGAUUUGGAAGGGGAAGCUGGAGAAAGGUGAUGUCAUUAUCUCUAACCAUCCUGCGUAUGGAGGAACGCAUCUUCCAGAUGUGACCCUCCUGAUGCCUGCGUUUGACGAAAAGGGAGAGAACAUUCUCUUUUACGCUGCUUCGCGUGCUCACCAUGCCGAUAUUGGUGGCAUUAGUGCAGGUAGUAUGCCACCUCAUUCCCGAGAGCUAUACCAAGAAGGUGCUUCCAUAAGAAGCGAGAAGCUUGUGAGUGGCGGCAAGUUCAACGAGAAACGAGUCGUUGAGCUCUUCUACGAGGAGCCUGCGAAGUACCCAGGGUGUAGCGGCACCCGUUGCUUGGCGGACAACAUUAACGACCUGAGAGCACAAGUCUCAGCAAACCAGAAAGGAAUCUCGCUGAUCGAGACACUGAUUGCGGAGUAUGGCGAAGAUACAGUGCAGUUCUACAUGGUUCACAUUCAAAAUAAUGCUGAGCAGUGUGUGCGCAAACUACUCAAGGAUGUUUAUAAACGUUUUGAGGGCAAGGAUCUCUCGGCAGUUGACUUCAUGGACGACGGUUCCCCGAUCCGCCUGAAGAUUCGCAUUGAUGCAGAGAAGGGAGAGGCCGAGUUUGACUUUGAAGGCACAGGCCCUGAGGUUUACGGGAACGUGAACGCACCUCAAGCUAUCACAUUCAGUGCUAUCAUCUAUUGCCUGAGGUGUCUUAUCUCGGAGGAUAUUCCUCUUAACCAGGGGUGCUUGAAGCCUAUUCAUGUCAAAAUUCCUCCAAAAUCCAUUCUAUCGCCUUCACCUAGUGCGGCAGUCGUUGGAGGAAACGUCCUUACAAGUCAACGAAUUACAGACGUGAUUUUCAAGGCUUUCCAGGCUUGUGCUGCCAGCCAGGGCUGCUGCAACAAUCUUACCUUUGGGUUUGGUGGCAAUCAAGAUGGGACCGAAGUUGUAAAAGGAUUCGGAUAUUACGAGACAAUUGCUGGCGGAAGCGGUGCAGGUUCUGACUGGGAGGGAACAAGUGGUGUUCACUGCCACAUGACCAACACUCGCAUCACAGACUCUGAGAUAUUCGAACGUCGAUAUCCCGUCCUUCUCCGCGAGUUCUCUAUUCGUUCCGGUUCGGGAGGACGAGGCCAACACCGGGGCGGCGAUGGUGUUAUUCGUGAUAUUGAGUUUCGAAUUCCCCUCCAAGUCUCCAUUCUCAGCGAGCGCCGUGUCUACCGCCCCUAUGGACUGAACGGAGGUGGCGAUGGAGAGUGCGGCCUGAAUCUUUGGGUCCGUAAUGUUGAAAAGGCGAACUGGGAAACGUCUCUGAAGCAGUUCCAUACCAAGGAGGAUGCGGGUGUGGUCGAAUACGAAGAACGACGUAUCAAUAUGGGAGCCAAGAACACGGCUUCGAUGAAAGCUGGAGAUCGCAUCAUCAUCUGCACACCUGGAGGAGGUGCGUGGGGAGCUGAGGGGUCUGAGAGCGUGGUCAAGCGGAAGAUUGACCAUACUGAAGCUUGGAGGAAGGGCAGUGGUAAUGCGAGGGAUGAGACGGCGCUUCAGGCCUAG